CUCAAUUGAACUUUUUAGCUCCGACAGCAGCUGAGAGCUUGGUGCUUGACAGCUAGGCCCUGGACCCAUACCUUGAUGGCUUCUAGAAAAUCGUAAGUUCGUACAUAAUUACCUGACAUACAUACUAGGUACUUGUAGGUAGCACCCAUUCGGAUAACCCAAUUGCUAGAAUAUCUGGAAGUUAUAAUCGGUCAUCUCAUCGCCAUGGAUCUUGUCAAAGAGUAUCUUCCCCAAUCCGAGGGGUAUUUGCCCUAUUACUUAGUUGUGACAUCUAUCCUCGCCGUUGGCAAUUCGCUUCAGAAUUAUCUAACGUUGCACUUUUCACGGCGCCUAUACAAUGGGCAAUUCGUACCGAACUCGUCGUUGCCUCCCAAGUCAGACAAGUUCGACCCCGAAGACUCGACCCAAAAAUUUCUACCGGCGAAUGCGGUAUCCAACCCGAAAGAAGCCCGCACACAAGACCAAGUCACUCCCCUCGCUGCAAGGUUGUUUGGUACCUAUACAAUCAUCUCGGCCAUCGUGCGUUUCUACGCCGCCUACUAUCUUCACUUGGCCCCCGUAUACCAGAUGACUAUAUGGACGUACGUCGUCGCGCUGUUCCAUUUCGGCUCUGAGUUUGCUGUCUACCGGACUGCAUAUCUUGGCCCAAUCGCAACCACCUUCUUCUUUGCCACCGUCGGUAUUACUUGGAUGACCAGCCAAUACGGCUUUUAUGUCCAAGCAUAGGCUAAGGGGGAUACGUCAUUCGAGGGAAAUGAUCGAAUAUGUGGGCGGUUUGGUGGCGCCUGUGGAUGGCAUCUGUGAAGCAGCUAGAUCACUGCGGCCGCU